GAACCUCACGACAGACAAGAGUCACAGAAAUCCGGAGACUCACAGCCAAAAUGCCUUCAGAAGAAGAACUCGCACAAACCGUCGAGUCCAAGACCGCCGUCGAAGCCUUGGAUCCCACUCACGAACCCGAGCCAUCCGACUUGACAGGACUGGGCACGCAUUUCCGCAGCACCUUCGAUCCAGCUCUGAAGAAGAAUGCACCAAAUCUUCCAGACACUGCCAUCGCUCCUGCUCCGGCCUCUGCAAAGCAAAAGCUUCAGAAUACGAAUUCGACCAUGACGACGGCUCAGCUGCAGAAGGCUGCGCAGGAGGGGGAUCCGAAUGGGUUGAAUAAGCAGUAAAGCGCAGAAGAGUGGGGGACUGAGAGAAUGAAGAUACGAAGGAUAUGAAAUAGAUGAGUAUGGGCGCGAAGAGGCAUACAUGAAACAGGGAGGACCGUAAUGGUGUACACCGGUCAGGAUGGCGGGUUAUAAGACAGAACCGCGGUGAACGAGCUUUGGGACACAGGACCUGUCAAUGGUCUAGAUGUAAGCAUGGUCAAGUAGAGCUUUGCCGAGUCGCACAAUGCUUAGAGCUUUCAAGCUAUGCACAUGGCUUCGCCUGCAGCACAAACCUCGCAACUCGCACGUCAGCCACCUCCAACCCUUGCGCGGACAGCUUGCUCAGCUUUCAGGCUAUGUCUCGAGAAGUGUUCGCGAAGCAUGGGACAUCUGGGAGAGAGCGCACCCGCAGCACUGCGCACAACAGCGAUCUCGCCAGUGCACCAAGAAGUGAAAGCAUUUGUCGGUCUCGCACCAACAUAAGCGUCAGCCUCCGAUACAGCGCACAUCGUGGCUAUCUUGCUGGAGCAAAGUCUCGAAGUUUGGUAAAGC